CGACGGGUCCCCCAAAGUGGAGGAGCUCGGAGAUGGCGCGGGACUGAGGCUGAGGCUCGCGAGACGACGAUGGCCAGCGCAGACCUAGGCUUGCUUGCAGCUGCGCUGCCGGACAUUUGGCCCUGGGAGGCCCGCGCUGUGGCCGAUUGGACAUGCGGGAAGGAUGCGAAAUGAUCGUCGGAGGGCGAGCUGUUGAUCUCGGGACGAGGACGAGCCAGCUGAUAACGAAUGUUGUGUGAUCAGCCGGUGGGUUCGAAGAAUGCGCCCGGACAGGCUGAGUGGAUUGUGGAAGUGGAAGGGGUUUGAGGUCGUGGGCAAGAAGCAGGGGUUUAAGAAUCGGAGCGGGUGAUUUGUGCCAGUUGCCAGAGGGUUGGGGACCGGAGCCGAGAGAACGGAGUUGGAUAGUCUUCGAGUCGAGGAGACUGUGCCUCGGAAGACUUUUCGAAAUGCCGUCCACUAUGGGUUCCACGAAUUUUAUAGAACCUCAAAGUCUGAAAAAAUUGACUUUAAAAUCUUUGAAGAGAUCUUUUGACCUUUUUGCCGCCUCGCACGCCGAUCGUAUUUAUGCCAAUUCUCAAAGUCGCAAUAUAAGGAUCGCUUGCAAGACUCGUACAGAGUAUGGGGCAGUCAUGAAUGUCACUCCACUGCCUCCUAGGGAUAUGAACUCCGCCUUACCUUCAGCAAAUGGAGGGGAGCAUCUCCUUUCUAUAACUUCCGGCCAACCAAAUUCUGGAGGAAGUCACAGGGAGACCACGGAGCCCGGAGCAGAGUUACAGCUUGUCUCUGUUCCACCUCGUGCCAUGCCCUCUGUGGCUCCAGGGCCAGGAGCUUCUGGAGACUACAAACCAGCAACUGGUGGAGCUAUAUUUGAACGCUAUCAGCCUAGUGCGGCGGUGAUGAAGAGAUUGCCCAGUAAGUGGCCUAAGCCAGCAUGGCAUCCACCUUGGGUCAACUACAGAGUUAUCAGUGGUCAUCUCGGAUGGGUUAGAUCCUUAGCGUUUGAUCCGGGAAACGAAUGGUUCUGUACAGGCUCUGCUGACCGAACGAUCAAGAUCUGGGAAACUGCUACCGGAAAGCUUAAACUGACGCUAACUGGACAUAUCGAGCAGAUCCGAGGUUUGGCUGUAAGCCCCCGGCACCCCUACUUGUUUUCGGCUGGUGAUGACAAGCAAGUCAAAUGUUGGGACCUGGAGUACAAUAAGGUUAUCCGGUCAUACCAUGGACAUCUAAGUGGUGUAUACUGUUUGUCUCUACAUCCAACACUAGAUGUGCUGUUGACUGGUGGGCGUGAUUCUGUCUGUCGGGUCUGGGACAUGCGAACUAAGGCUCAAAUAUUUGCCCUAUCUGGGCACGAGAAUACCGUUUGCUCUAUCAUCACUCAGGCGACGGAUCCUCAAGUUGUUACAGGUUCUCAUGAUACUACAAUCAAACUAUGGGACUUAGCCGCAGGAAAAUCGAUGUCGACGUUGACCUUCCACAAGAAGUCCGUGCGUGCCCUUGCCAUGCAUCCUUUCGAGCACACGUUCGCAUCAGCUUCUGCAGAUAACAUCAAGAAGUUCCGACUGCCGAAAGGGGAAUUUCUCCACAACAUGCUAUCCCAGCAAAGGACGAUCGUGAACUGCAUGGCGAUUAACGAAGAUAAUGUUCUCUGCUCAGCAGGUGACAAUGGCAGCUUAUGGUUCUGGGACUGGAAGAGUGGUCAUAAUUUCCAGCAAGCCCACACUGUUGUACAGCCAGGGUCUUUGGAUAGUGAAGCCGGGAUCUACGCUCUGGGCUUUGAUGUUACCGGAAGUCGCCUGGUUACAUGUGAAGCUGACAAGACGAUUAAAAUGUGGAGGGAAGAUGACAAAGCAACUCCGGAAACCCAUCCUAUCCACUUCAAGCCUCCAAAAGAGAUGCGCAGAUUUUAGGCCACAUUGUAAAUGAGGACGUUGGCGUCUUUUCAUAUUGGAGACCGUUGUUUACGGUUUGUGGAGUUCCAGCAUCUCAAUCGCGAAGACAUUAAGUAAUUUGGACAUGAGCAAAAGAAAAGUGAAGAGUUGCUAGAAUCCAGGCCUGGUUGUCGAAUUGUAGGAUGAUCUCGCCCUCAAUGCAAGAUAUUUACUUUUAGGUCGGCCAACGGAUUAGCGUGUAGAAUUUCAGAGCCCUUCAUGGGCUGAUCUAAAGGUCAGUGAAAGCUACCUCCUUGUACAUUAAGUCAUUAAAGUUUUUGAAGCUGAUACUUUGCCGAUUGUUUUCA